AUGGCUUCAUCCUUUAAGGAUCUUCGGAGUUACAUGAUUCAGUUACCACCUUUAGGAGACCCUGUAGUGCCAGAGAUGCUGCUGAAGAUACUAGAAAUGUAUCGAAAAGAGGGUUGUUUCACUUUUUUAGUUGCUUGCUGGAUGAUGAAAGAGCAAAAUUGUAUGCUGAUGUUGUCAAGAAAGGUUGUGCUGCAAGACUUGCUUUUGCAUCUACAAUUUUUUGGUGAAACCUCUGAAGCACUUUUCUGGUUGCCUCAAGCCAUUCGCCAUCUGAUGAAUAAGCUGAUGAGAAGGUCUCCACAGAAAAUCCCUUCCUCUGCUUUAGCCUCAGGAAUUGAUGAAGCAGCUAUGCUGAGUAAAAUAUCAUCUACUGUUAUAUCGGCACCUGAAGCCAGGAAAAUAGAUUCUAUGGAACAGUGUGAUGGUUCGCUUAGAUUAAUGGCUUUUGAACGAGAAGAAUUAUGGACACGCGCCAAUGAACGUCUUCCUUGGCAUAAAAAAUUGGAAGGGGAAGAUUGCAUUCAGAAACAAGUACACGACGUGGAUACAGAGUUUAGAAUUUUCAUCUGUGAGAAGCAUGGUUGUGUUGAUCUCGUUGUUGCAGCCAACAUGGUAAGGUCCGACAAUUCCCUCUCUGGUACUCACCUUCUAUGUGCAGUUGGAAGACACCAAGAAGCUUGGUCACAGCUACAAGAUUCUGGACGAUGGACUGAUGCUGCUACUUUGGCAGCCACACAUUUAGAAGGAUCAGAUUAUGCCAGGGCCCUUAUUUUAUAUGUGGCUACUGAUUCCCUGCAAGAGGCGCUUACAGCUCUCAGAGGUGCACAGCCUGACACAGUAGCCAUGUUUUUGCUUGCGUGUACGGAGAUUCAUUCAGAAAUCUUAAACGAGCUAUCAAGCCAAGAGGAAGAGUCUGAAUUUUCUUCUGGUGAAGUCAGAGUACGGCCAGAUCUGCCUGGUCUAGAACCCGGGAAGGAAGAUGUGGCAGCCGUUUGUGAAUACUUUCAACAAUACCAGAGAAAGUUGGUGCAUUUGUGCAUGGACUCACAGCCCUACAUCGAUUGA